AGGUGUCUAGGCUCCUCUUAAACUAGCGGCUCACUCGGCCAUCACUCCCUAAUGGUUCAGUGGUGCCGGUCUACCCAGCUCGCAUUCACUCUCAGCAAUGGAAAAUUUCAACAUCAGACGCGCAUGCGCAGACGACUGCAAGGGGAUCCUCCGGAUGAUCAAGGAACUGGCCACGUACGAGAAGCUGGGUGAUGAUGUUCACCUCACAGAGCAAGAGCUCCGACAAGACGGAUUUGGGGACCGUGUCUUCUACCAAUGCCUCGUCGCUGAACUGAAAUCCCCGCCGACGGACGUUGAAGGCUCGGCGUGCUCUCCGCCAGGUGACUCCCUAGUCGGCUUUGCCAUGUUUUACUUCGUCUACGACCCCUGGACAGGCAAGAGCAUCUGUCUGGAGGACUUCUACGUGAUGAAGGAAUACCGAGGUCAGGGGAUCGGAUCUGAGAUCUUGAAGCUCGUCAGCCAGGUCGCCGUGGAGUCUCGCUGCUCCGUGAUGACCUUCCUGGUGGCCGAGUGGAACGCUCCGUCCAUCGGCUUCUACCGUCGCCGCGGUGCUGUCAACUGCACGGAGAGCGAGGGCUGGCACGUCUACAACAUCCCACAGCAGAGCCUCCGGCAGAUCGCCAGCGGAGAGUGCGUGGCGGGGACGGAGUAG